AACGAAUAAUACGUGAAAGCAUUGAUUGAAUUGUGGUUUUGGUUAACGUUUUAAAUGGCAUUCAAUUUGUGAGACAAUUCAUGUCCAACUCAUCCAUACAUUUGUGUCGAAGACAUGAAAAUGAGAUUUAAAAGCAAAAUGAGACCAAAGAAGUCGACGACAAUGAAGGAGAGGAGGAAACAGAUGAAGACUGUAUUGCGGCAAAUGGUGGUGAAGUCGUUGUCGUCGAUGUCGGGGACGGGUGGGGACGACAACAACGACAACAACCGGCAAUUAGUCGACAGAAACGCCAGUCUUUUGGCAGAAGUGGAGGCUUUGAAGAGAGAAAAGGUGCAGAUCUUCGAGUCACUGAUGUUUCGCCACAACACUCAACACAACCCUAAUAUUAUUAAAAACGAUUUAAAGCUAUUGUUGGAGAGUCUGAAGAGUGACCACAAGAAUAUGAUUGAAUUGUUUCACAACUGUUACGAGUUUUAUAACCAAAUGAUUACCAAAAUGAGUGAUCAAAUCGAUGAAUACGUCCAAAGAGAGGACCAAUUGAUUGAACACAACAGUGACUCGAAUCCCACGGAAACCACGGAUAAUAGAUCUGAAGAACAAGUGUCCAAAAGUAAGACAAUGUUUGAAACGAAACGACUGUCGCGACAAAACGGUCAACAACUGGUUCCCAACAACGGAAGCGAUAGACAUCUCAGUGUUAUUGAAGAGAUCUCUCAAGACGUGGUGAAUGAGAACCACUCGAAUACCACUGAAUACUUGUCGAUUGAUAAUCAGAUGGAAAGUCCUAAAAGAGGGAACAGUUAUACCUCUAGUUUAGGUUAUGCAUUGACUCCACACUUGGAAAAUGUCACCUCAAGAACCCCUUCGAUAUUCAACUUUAACUGCAAUUCUUUCAAUGCUUUCAACGGUUUCCGAAACACUGGUUACGAGUCGUUUAUGUCGGUGUCGGACACACCCCUAAGAACUGAACUCUCGUUAACCGGAUUUGACUCAUUUGAGUCGACCUUAACUGAUGAUCAGAAGGGCAUUACGUCCUCAACGCCCGUCCAUUCAAAGCGUAUGAGUGGUGUGGAUAUGAUUCAGAGGCCUUCCAAACGCAUUUCGUCGAUUAACCGGCCGUUCAGUCCGCGCAUCGGUAGACCAUCACUGAUGGACAUCCAGAAUGUGAUGGACAACAAGACUCGUGUUGUGUCCACACAUUGCACGUCCAAAACACUGACGUUUGACAGCCAAUGCAAUGACACCAUUAGUGUUAAUAUCACUAAAAACAAACGCAAGGCUCGAGCGAGCAGUAGAUCCAUUGAAUCAGAUUUGUCUGACUCUAGCAGUCUGUCCACCCGUAGUAGUCGUCGUAAUCGUAAGGCUGUCUCUUAUAAGGAACCAUCACUUGCGAGGUAUGUGUUGACUACUAUUUCUAUGAUUUGA